CUUCAAAAGCUUCUUGAAAAGUAUUUAUUGGUCGUCAAAACAAUAAAUAUAAAUAUGGGGAAAGCAAGAAAGACCAAGAAGAAAGCUGAAGAAGAUAAACAAGAAAACGGCGGUGAAGAAGCAGAUAGUGAAGAAGAUGACACUCAAUACGUAGAUCUUGAUGUAGCCCUCCUGCUCCCAACAGAUGAGGAAGAACUAGUGCCCUCCAUGAAGGUGCCAAUUAUACAAAACGGGGAUGUAGACUUCCCUCUCCUAAUGACUAAGCUUAAGUGUCUUGGAUACCCUCUUGAGUCCUCAUUUGCUUUCUACUUUAGCACGGAUCUGCAGCUAUAUGUCUCAUGUGGACAUGACCCAUUGCCAAAGUUCUAUUACAUCCCAAAGACAGAAUAUGAGGAGUCCAAAACCCUCAAGCUGAAGUUUAAAACAGGACUUCGAAGUGAAUACUGAGAUAACACUAAAUCGGAGACCGGCAGCAAGGCCCAAAAGCGUACCAAAGAGAGGAAGAUCGGUUUCAUCAUCGAGAAGGUUUCUCUCUGGAGGAAGCUCUACAAUGGCAUUCCAGACCACACUGGAAAAACUGUCAGAUACUCGCUAGAAGAAGCUGCUAAUCUUGUUGGAGUCUCCAAAAAGAGCCUUGAUGAUUACCUCUCCCAGCUAAGGAAAGGUAGAAAGUACGGGUUUGAUUUCAACAAAAGCAAAGAUGAGAAGGUAGGAGCCCUCAGAACUUAUGUAAAGGACAAGGCCUCUAGAGGUGGCUACAAGGACUAGCCCUUG